UGUUGAUAAAAAAAUAAAUUGCAUUCGAAUUUUGGACAUUUGAAGUUUAAAAAAUAAAAACCAAUAUGUCGCUAGGAAAACAGCCAGCUGAACACAUCAAAAGACCGAUGAAUGCCUUCAUGGUGUGGUCUAGAGGGCAGAGAAGGAAAAUGGCCCAGGAUAACCCAAAGAUGCAUAACUCAGAAAUAUCUAAAAGACUGGGCGCUGAGUGGAAACUGCUGACUGAGAUGGAGAAACGGCCAUUUAUUGACGAAGCGAAGAGGUUACGAGCUCUUCACAUGAAGGAGCACCCGGAUUACAAGUACAGGCCGCGGAGGAAACCGAAGGCCUUGAUCAAGAAGGAACCAAAGUUUGGAUUCGGCAUCAGCGGCCUGAUGGCGCCAGUCCCAAGACUUGUCGCUCCACAGCCCGGCCCGCAGAUGCCGCAUCCAGGAAUGCCUCAGCUGCCCAUGCCACACUCGCUGCUACAGGACAAACCUGACCUGAGCCGCGCCUUGUUCCCGCCGCUGCCCUACCCCUUCUACCCCUUCAAGCUGCCCACUGACGACGGGAAACUUGCUGCUGAGUUGGCGCAUUUACAGGCUCUUUACGGCGGCGCACUCUACAGCAGCGCCCUGUACAACAGCGCGUUAUCCCCUUGCGGUUGUCCCCCGCGUAGGACGCCGUCCCCCCCUCCCGCGGACGUCAAGCGUCCUGUGGCCUACGUCCUGAUGAAGAGUGACGAAGAGCCCCCCCAGCAUGUGAUAUGAAGGCCGGUGGCGCUCCCGGCGCGCCCUUGGCCGGCGCACUGGGAGCGGCCGUCGACGUCGACGCAGGAGCGAAGCAGCUCGCCCGAUAGUGUGUAAGACUGAUAGGAAAUUUAGUAGUAUAGCAUAGGUGCACACAGCGAUCAAUAGCUGUUGGUCCUGGAUAGGUACUAUUUACUUAAGUAAGUAGUCGUUACAUAAACCUCAUCAGAGGCCCCUGACAAUGAGAAUUACUUAUUUAAUUUUAAAUUCUA